AUGGCACAGCUGCUUGUACCGCCCGGACCUGACAGCUUCUGCCGCUUCUGUCCCGACUCGCUUGCCGCCAUCGAAAGGCGCAUCACCGAGGAGGAGGCCCGGAAACCCCGCGUUGACCGCUGUAGCGACAGCAAUGACGACAACGAGCCCAAGCCCAACAGCGACCUGGAGGCGGGGAAGUCCCUCCCCUUCAUCUACGGGGACGUCCCACAAGGCUUUGUCUCCACCCCUCUGGAGGACCUGGACCCCUUCUACUCCAAUCAGAAGACAUUUAUAGUAUUGAAUCGCGGCAAGGCAAUAUUCCGUUUCAACGCCACUCCUGCCUGUUACAUCCUAAGCCCCUUCAAUCCUCUACGGAGAAUAGCAAUUGCAGUUUUAGUACACUCGAUGUUCAGCAUGUUGAUCAUGUUCACCAUUCUGACCAACUGUGCUUUUAUGACUCUGAGCAACCCCCCGGACUGGGCCAAGAAUGUUGAGUACACAUUCACAGGGAUUUACACAUUCGAGUCUCUCAUUAAAAUCUUGGCGAGGGGGUUCUGUGUGGGGAAGUUCACCUUCCUCAGGGAUCCAUGGAACUGGUUGGACUUCAUGGUAAUCUCCAUGGCGUAUGUAACAGAGUUUGUAAACCUAGGCAAUGUUUCAGCUCUGCGCACUUUCAGAGUAUUGCGAGCUUUGAAAACUAUCUCGGUAAUCCCAGGACUAAAGACCAUCGUGGGCGCUCUGAUCCAGUCGGUCAAGAAGCUCUCCGACGUCAUGAUCCUCACCGUUUUCUGUCUCAGCGUCUUCGCCCUGAUUGGCCUGCAGCUCUUCAUGGGAAACCUGAGGCAGAAGUGUAUCCGCAACCUCGUCAAUGACACGACCACCGACGACCGCCUGAACAGAACUCUGGGAACUCCAGACUUAAAUGGAACCGAUUUCAAUGGAACCGAUUUCAACAUCACUAGCUCCGUGAACUGGACUGAGUACAUCAACAAUGAGAGUAAUUACUAUUACCUCCCCAACCGCAGGGACGCCCUCCUCUGUGGGAAUGGCAGUGGAGCCGGGUUGUGCCCAGAGGGAUUCACGUGCAUCAAGGCGGGCAGGAACCCAGACUACAACUACACAAGCUUCGACUCAUUUGGCUGGGCCUUCCUGUCCCUGUUCAGACUCAUGACCCAGGACUUCUGGGAAAACCUCUACCAACAGACCCUGCGAGCGGCGGGGAAGCCCUACAUGAUCUUCUUUGUGUUGGUGAUCUUCCUGGGUUCCUUCUACCUGGUCAACCUGAUCCUGGCUGUGGUGGCCAUGGCCUACGAUGAGCAGAACCAGGCCACCAUAGAGGAGGCAGCCCAGAAGGAGGAGGAGUUCCAGGCUAUGCUGGAGCAGCUCAAGAGACAGCAGGAGGAGGCAUUGGUUGCCGUGGCAGCAGCCACAGAGAGCCACGGAGAGUACAGCGAGAGAGGGGGGCCCUCCACAGAAGCCUCCUCAGGGACCUCCAAACUCAGCUCCAAGAGCGCCAAGGAGAGAAUGAACCAUCAGAAGAAGAGAAAAGAGAGGGGCGAGCACAAGAAGUUCCACAAGUCCGAGUCGGAGGACAGUACCAAGAGGUUAAGCUUCCGGUUUUCGAUAGAUGCCAACCGGCUGUCCUACGAGAAGAGAUGCUCCUCACCCAACCAGUCUCUCCUCAGUAUCCGCGGCUCCCUCUUCUCCCCGAGGAGGAACAGCCGAGCUAGCCUGUUUAGCUUCCGAGGCCGCGCCCGCGAUGUGGUCUCCGAUAACGACUUCGCCGAUGACGAGCAAAGCACGUUCGAGGACACCGACAGCCGCCGCGGCUCCCUGUUUGUGCCUUGCCGUAUCGAGCGCCGCUCCAGCACGGUGAGUCAGACUAGCCUGGCCCCUCAGCGCGUCCUGCUGCCCUCCAACGGCAAGAUGCACUGCACCGUGGACUGUAACGGCGUCGUCUCGCUAGUGGGAGGGACCUCGGUGCCCACCUCGCCUGUAGGACUGCUCCUGCCUGAGAGGACAACCACUGACUCUGAGAUGAGGCUGAAGAAGAGGAGGUCUCGCCAGGCUUCCAUGUCCUACCUAGAUGAGCCAGACAGAGCCAGAGCCAGAGCUAUGAGUGUGGCCAGUAUUCUCACCAACACAAUGGAGGAGCUUGAAGAGUCCAGGCAGAAGUGUCCACCAUGCUGGUAUAAGUUUGCCAACACCUAUCUGAUCUGGGACUGCUGUCCUAUGUGGUUGAGUUUCAAGGGGAUCGUCAACACAGUGGUGAUGGACCCCUUCGUGGACCUGGCCAUCACCGUCUGUAUCGUCCUCAACACCCUCUUCAUGGCCAUGGAACAUUAUCCCAUGACCAAGGAGUUCAAUCAUGUCCUCUCUGUCGGGAACUUGGUGUUUACAGGCAUCUUCACGGCUGAGAUGGGUUUCAAGCUAAUCGCUCUGGACCCCUACUACUACUUUCAACAGGGAUGGAACAUAUUUGACGGCAUCAUCGUCAGUCUGAGUCUGAUGGAACUCGGCCUGGCCAAUGUAGAGGGCCUGUCUGUGCUCCGGUCUUUCCGAUUGUUGAGGGUGUUCAAGCUGGCCAAGUCUUGGCCCACCCUGAACAUGCUGAUCAAGAUCAUCGGUAACUCGGUGGGAGCGCUGGGUAAUUUGACACUGGUCCUAGCCAUCAUCGUGUUCAUCUUCGCCGUGGUGGGCAUGCAGCUGUUCGGCAAGAGCUACAAGGAGUGUGUGUGUAAGAUCGCAGACAACUGCCAGCUGCCGCGCUGGCACAUGCAUGACUUCUUCCACUCGUUCCUCAUCGUGUUCCGGGUGCUGUGUGGGGAGUGGAUCGAGACCAUGUGGGACUGUAUGGAGGUGGCUGGCCAGAGCAUGUGCCUCAUCGUUUUUAUGAUGGUCAUGGUUAUAGGGAACCUGGUGGUCCUGAAUCUGUUCCUGGCCUUGCUGCUCAGCUCCUUCAGCGCCGACAACCUGGCGGCCACGGACGACGACAGCGAGAUGAACAACCUGCAGAUCGCUGUGGGCCGCAUCCAGAGGGGCGUGGCCUGGGUCAAGGUGGCCAUCCGCCAGGUUAUCCAGAGCCUUUUCCUCGGGGGCGGAGCCACCAAAGGGGUCAAGGGGGGGUCACUGGAGGGGGGUAAGACCCUGGACGAGCUCCACAGCUCCAUCAACGGCAAGGGGGGCAACUGCAACUCAAAACACAUGUUGGUCGAGAUCACUAAAGAUCCGAGUGGGGUCUAUCUGAAGGAGGGGAACGGGCGGCCCGGAGGGGGGUUGGGGGUGGGGUUAGGAGACAGUACGGAGAAUUACCCAAAGGAGGAGUGCAACUACAUGUCGUUCAUCCACAACCCCAGCCUGACGGUGAGCGUGCCCAUCGCGGUGUGCGAAUCGGACUUUGAGACCACUAUCACGGAGGACUUCAGCAGCGACUCGGCCUCCGAGGAAAUGUCGAUGGGCAGCAAAGAGAAGCUACCUAUAGAGCCCCAGCACCUUAUCUCAUCGGAGGGCAGCUCGGUGGAUAUCGGUCCCCCGGGGGAUGGAGCUGAGUCAGUGGAGCUGGAGGACGAGGAGUCAGAGGACCCAGAGAACUGCUUCACUGAUGGCUGUGUGCUCAGGUUCCAGUGUUGCCAGGUGAACGUUGAGGAGGGCAAGUGGAAGAUGUGGUGGACCUUGAGGAAGACGUGCUUCAUCAUCGUGGAACACAACUGGUUCGAGACCUUAAUCAUUUUCAUGAUCCUGCUCAGCAGUGGCGCUCUGGCGUUUGAAGACAUUUACAUAGAACAGCGGAAGACCAUUAAAAUUGUGCUGGAGUACGCAGACAAAGUCUUCACCUAUAUCUUCAUCCUGGAGAUGCUGCUGAAGUGGGUGGCCUAUGGAUUCAAGAAGUACUUCACCAACGCCUGGUGUUGGCUGGACUUCCUCAUUGUUGAUGUGUCUCUGGUGAGCUUGGUAGCCAAUGCGUUAGGCUACUCUGAGCUGAGUGCCAUUAAAUCCCUACGAACACUGCGGGCCUUAAGACCCCUGAGGGCCUUGUCACGGUUCGAGGGCAUGAGGGUGGUGGUGAACGCCCUCCUGGGUGCCAUUCCGUCCAUCAUGAACGUGCUGCUGGUGUGCCUCAUCUUCUGGCUCAUCUUCAGCAUCAUGGGCGUCAACCUGUUCGCAGGGAAGUACUACUACUGCGUCAACACCACCAACGACGAGACCUUUCCCAUCGAGGUGGUCAACAACAAGAGUGACUGUCUGGCCCUGGCCAAUGACAGCGCCCGAUGGAAGAAUGUCAAGAUCAACUUUGAUAAUGUCGGGGCCGGGUACUUGGCCUUGUUGCAAGUGGCAACGUUUAAAGGUUGGAUGGACAUCAUGUAUGCAGCUGUGGACUCUCGUAAUGUGGAACUUCAGCCCCAAUAUGAACAGAACCUCUACAUGUAUCUGUACUUUGUCAUCUUCAUCAUCUUUGGCUCCUUCUUCACUCUCAACCUCUUCAUUGGUGUCAUCAUUGACAACUUCAACCAACAGAAGAAAAAGUUUGGAGGUCAGGACAUCUUCAUGACAGAGGAACAAAAGAAAUACUACAAUGCCAUGAAGAAGCUCGGCUCCAAGAAACCCCAGAAGCCUAUUCCCAGGCCAACGAAUGCAUUCCAAGGCUGUGUGUUUGACUUCGUAACGAAGCAGGCUUUUGACAUUGUCAUCAUGAUCCUCAUCUGCCUCAACAUGGUCACUAUGAUGGUGGAAGAGGACGACCAGACACCAGAGAGGGAAAAUAUCCUCCACUGGAUUAACUUUGUCUUUAUAGUGCUCUUUACUGGGGAGUGUACGCUCAAAAUUAUAUCCCUCCGCCAUUACUACUUCACAAUUGGCUGGAACGUGUUUGACUUUGUCGUUGUCAUCCUUUCAAUCGUAGGUAUGUUUUUAUCAGAAUUGAUUGAGAAGUACUUUGUUUCCCCAACGUUAUUCCGAGUCAUCCGACUUGCCAGAAUCGGCCGCAUCCUCCGUCUCAUCAAGGGCGCUAAGGGCAUCCGGACGCUUUUGUUCGCCUUGAUGAUGUCACUUCCUGCCCUGUUUAACAUUGGCCUCCUGCUCUUCCUGGUCAUGUUCAUCUACGCCAUCUUCGGCAUGUCCAACUUCGCCUACGUCAAGCACGAGGCGGGAAUCGACGACAUGUUCAACUUCGAGACGUUCGGCAACAGCAUGCUCUGCCUGUUCCAGAUCACCACGUCGGCGGGCUGGGACGGCCUCCUGGCGCCCAUCCUCAACAAGAAGGAGCCCGACUGUGACAGCCAGAUGGAGCACCCAGGCACCUUGUACCGGGGAAACUGCGGCAACCCGCCAGUGGCCAUGUUCUUCUUCGUCAGCUACAUCAUCAUCUGUUUCCUCAUCGUGGUCAACAUGUACAUCGCCGUCAUCCUCGAGAACUUCAGCGUGGCCACCGAGGAGUCGGCCGACCCGCUGAGCGAGGAUGACUUUGAGAUGUUCUACGAGGUGUGGGAGCGCUUCGACCCGGACGCCACGCAGUUCGUGGAGUACCACAAGCUGUCGGACUUUGCAGACGCGUUGGACCCGCCGCUGCGAAUGGCCAAGCCCAACCACAUCCAGCUGAUCAAAAUGGAUCUGCCCAUGGUCAGCGGGGAGCGCAUCCACUGCCUUGACAUCCUGUUUGCCUUCACCAAGCGUGUCCUGGGAGAGGGCGAAGGCUUGGACCUCCUCCGGGGCCAGAUGGAGGAGCGCUUCAUGGCCUCCAACCCCUCCAAAGUCUCCUAUGAACCCAUCACCAGUACCCUGCGGCGCAAGCAGGAAGACAUGUCUGCCUUGGUGAUCCAGAGGUCAUUCAGGCGCUACCUGGCCCGACUCGCUCUGAAGAAAGCAGCAGAGCUCUACAAGAAGCAGCCUAAAGGCAGUGUGAUGUAUGAGCUGGAGGACAAGGAGGUGCUGGUGAUAGGACAGUCCGCGGACAACUCCACCCUCACUGAGAAAACGGACAUGACGCCCUCCACCGCCUCGCUGCCUUCGUACAACAGUGCCACAAAUUUGGAAAAGGACCAAUAUGAGAAAGAAAAGAGGGAGAAAGAGAACAGAGACAAAGAUCUGAGAGAGCAAAAUAAAUAA